AUGGCCGCAAAGCGUACGGAUGUCCCCGAACUAGGGCUCUUCGAGAAAGCAGACAUUCCCUUGGUCCAAGUCAGCACCGGCUUGAGUUUACUGUUUGCUGCUCUCACAGGAGUCUUCCGGGGCAAAGCCAGCCCCAGAUACUACCGGCACCAUGUCCAAGCAGCGGCCAUCCGGACAUUUGUGGACCGAAUCUCUCAUCGCCAGCAAAAGUAUCUAGCUCCCACCUUUGCCGAGGCGUAUGGCUCCGUCAUGAAAAAGCGAGGUCUCGAGCCAUCAAUCAUCUCCCUCCCCCACGAUACAGAAGGCUACUGGCUUGGAAACAAGGAUGCUAAGAACGUAGUCGUCUACUAUCACGGCGGCGGCUUCUCCAUGGCCCCCAUGCCCCUCCACUUCGAAUUCUGGCUCGACCUCCUCGCCGCUCUAAACACGUCCACCAACGAACACGACAUCGCCGCCACCGGCGCCCUGCGCUACAUCCUCGCCUCCGGCCGCUCGCCGUCCAACGUCAUUGUCGGUGGUGAUUCGGCAGGCGGCAACCUCGCCCUCGCGACCCUGCUGCAUCUCUCCCACCCCCACCCGGAGAUCGAGCCCAUUGACCUCUCGGAGCCGCUGGCGGGAGUCUUCGGCUUCUCGCCAUGGAUCAGCUUCAGGACCGACUGGCCUUCCUUCACGGAGAACAUGUACAAGGACUGCGUGCCGGUCGAUGUCCUGAAGCGGUGGGCGGAGAUGUAUCUCGAGGGCCGGGAAGGGGAUCCCUGGAGCGAGCCACUCAGGGCGCCGGCGGAGUGGUGGAGGGAUGCGAAGACGGAGCGUGUGUUGAUUAUUGCGGGAUCGGACGAGAUAUUGCUUUCGCCGAUUCGGGAUAUAGCGGAGAAGAUCAAGUCUGUUUUCCCGAAUACCACGUUCAUUGUGGGAUAUGACGAGUCGCACGAUGCGCAUUUGUACGUCGAUGCGGGGCGGCAGACGCAGACGGGGAAGGACUUGCGGCAGUGGAUUCGUUCGCGUCUAUAA